CGUAGCAUAUAUACCGUAUAUGCAACACCGUUCGAUACGUUCUCUGAUCCAAUUUGACACAACACGCUUGAUGCUUCUAUAGGUUCUAUUCUUAAAUCAUAAAUUUGAUAGUUAAUACUCGACACUCUUAAUCUUCACAUCUCCCCAAGUCUCUCUCCAGUCCCCAUAGACUCCACACCAUUCCUCAAUCUUCUGUCGUGCAAGCUGUGCUUCCACGUGCUUUAUAUUACCAGUAAAAAGAUAUCGAGAGAUGGCGAGCGAGGAAAUAAUCGAGGCUAAUAAAAAACCGCAGCCCGUAUUUAAGAAUCAUAUGUUUCAACAAAAAUUUCGGCAGACUAGCACCACUGGGAAAAAACGCACUUGGCGGUCAUUGAAACAAGUUUUAGCUCAGGAGCGUUCGUUACUAUGGCCAACAACAGUAAAACACUACAGUUCCAUCAAUGCACCGCCGAGCUUCAAACCUGCAAAAAAGUACUCGGAUAUUUCUGGAUUGCCGGCACGAUACACGGAUCCACAAACUAAAUUGUAUUAUGCCACCGCCGAAGAAUUCGCAACAGUUCGCAGUUUACCGAUGGAUAUAACGGCUGGAUAUCUGGCUUUACGCGGAGCGUCUAGUAUCGUUGGUUAAAUGAUCCGAUGCUAGACGUGCUUAACAGCAGCGUUACAUCAUGAUUUAUAUGUCCUCCGACAACGCGAUACCCUGCAGUUACCUAGUGGGUUGAUACAAGUUUGCAACUUAUAUAUAUUUAAAAAAUAUAUAUAUAUAAACGUCUAUACAUUUUGCCAUGUUGCUGUAACCCAACACACUCUCAAUUUGUUCUUGUCUUCACGUUCACGUUCACGGAGAACAGGGAUAUUCCAAUAGGAAUGGAGAGUGAGAGUAAGACGGAACGAUUUAAUCGAGAGAAACAGAGUAAAUAAAGUAUUGAUAUUUUUUUU